UUCUUACACUCCAUUCCUCUCUCCCUGGUGAUACCGCUCCACUCCUCUCUGGUGCUCCACGCCUCCACUUCUCUCUUUCCAUUCCUCCAUUCCUCCUCAUCCUGUGUGGUAGGGCCGAUGUGCUCCAUGGGUUUUGCGCGGUCGCUGGGCUUUGCCCUCCUGCCCCUGGCUGUGUGCGGUAUCGUUGCCAACAUCCUGCUGUUCUUCCCUGGAGGAGAGAUCCAAUAUGUCCAACAGGAGAGACUGUCCAGGCUGAUCUGGUUCAUGAUGGGAAUCGGAGGGGGAGGCGUGUUGGUGAGUAGCCAUAUGUCACUCUGUUGUUACUACACAGGCUACAGUAGUAUUAUUGAGUUUAUGGUUUACGGGUCAGAUUUACAGGCUGUUCAGGGAACGAAUGGUAGAAUAAAACACAAAGUUGGUCUUGUAUAUAUAUUCUCUUGGUCUUGUAUUUCCUUUCUGAUAAUAACAGGUGCUAAUCGGACACAGGUGCGAACACAGACUUCAGUAAAUCCUUGUUUGAGUGACUGUCUUCUGUAUGUGUGUUUUUACCUUUUUGACAAUGGGGACUUGUCUCAUGGCUGUUUUCCUUACUGUGGAGAUACUAUAGGAGACAAAGGAAAAUGGUUGUCAGCUCUUCCUCCGACAUGCUACCACAGGAGUUUUAUUUUCUUAUUUUGGAGGAUUUUCCCAGAGACCUAAUGUAGGAAUAAGCCACCAUUUCAUGAAACUGUUCUAUGGACCAUAUUUUAUGUGAUUAGGGAUAGUUGUACAGUACAGUGCUACAACCACAGAGCUCUUGAUUGAUUGAUAGAUUGAAUUGAUUAGAUCAUUAAAAGUAGCAGGCUGCUCCAGCUGGAGACAACAUCACGUACACAAACAUUUUUGAAGAUAAAAACACAAUAAAGCCUGUAGGCUUAUUUCCAUUGUGGUCCACAUUUGGCAGUAAGAUUGUGGGCAAGACUGACACUUUAGAUGCACUCAGUGCAAUUAAAAUCAACACAUAGCAGUCUUGAGGAUAUUGUUGUAUAUAGAUGGUGGAUUGAUGCACUGAAAUAUCAUACUGUAACAGACCCUGAGAUCUCCCCAUUGUGUGUCUCUGUAGAUGUUCCUGCCUGCUGGAGUGUUCAUCAGCCUUGGGAAGUGUACAGGCUGCUGUUGGAAUGAAAGCUUCAUGGUGAGGACGGAUGCUUUGGUUACUUAUUGUGAUUUCAGUCAGUGAUUCUAUUAUUGUGCAAAAAGCAGAGGUGACGGGUCAGCCUUGUUGUGUUCUUCAGCUCAAGUUUUAGUUUUUUGUCGUUUUUUGUAAACCGUCAAAGUAGGUUAGUGGAUGUUAUUUGGUUUGUUACACAAGGCUUUGAUCCUAUUAAUAAAUGUACAGAUGGUACAAAGGACUAUUCUAACACUGUGAGGGACUAUGCUAAGCUAAUGCUAUUAGGCUCAUGAAAGGUAGGCUAUGCCUAGCUAAUCAUACAAAGGGGCCAUUGUAACACUAUUAGGGGGUACAGUAAUGAUAUGUGAAGGAGGCUUCACCAUCAGGGAGUACAAAGCGUCUGGGCCAGGGAUAGGAGCUGAACCUUAUCUGUGUAUAAGCUGGUUUGUAACAGUUAUAAGCCAACAUUUCUCCUCACACAACCACACACUACUCCCAUGGGGAUUGUUAUGCAGUUGCUCUGGGAUUAACAGGCAGGCCUGAACCGUGUGUGUGUGUGUGUGUGUGUGUGAGAGAGAAAGAGGGAGAGAGUUUAGUUUUUUGUUUUUAGGGAUAGAGUUUGUGUGUGUGUAUAUUUAUAUACUAAAGCACAGUAUGUGUGUGUGUAUUAUAUAGAUGUGUGGGUCGGUAAUGGCAGCUCUAGUGGGUCUGGCCGGCUCGGGAUACUGUUUCGUCAUCUCAGCCAUGGCCAUGUUGGAGGGACCUCAGUGCUUCACCGCUCUGGGAUGGUCUUAUCCCUUUGCCAAUGAGGGAGGAAGGUUAGUUCCACCCUCUUCUCACAGGAAAUGCUAAUUGUUCUGGAAAUGUUCUAGCCAUCUAUGUUUUUUUAGGUGCCAAAAUGCAUUGGAAACAAAUCUUCUGUGAGUGCCUGUGUCUUUCUAGUUUUGAUUUGGAGUUCAUUUGUGUGCGUGUCCAUUUCCUAUCACGUGUGUGUUAUGAAAUAACAUCCUGUCGAGUGAGUCACAGCUUCUUAACUCUAUUUAAUAUUAAACUGCAAUAAAGACUACAAUACGCACAACUUUAAUUGAAUUUCCCACUGUCUGUGUCUGUCCACAGGUACCUGUUGGAGAAGGACACCUGGUCUAAGUGCCUGCAGCCUGUCAGCAUCGUAGAGUGGAACGUGACUCUGCUCUCCAUCCUGCUGGGGCUUAGUGGGCUGGAGUUCAUCAUAUGUGUCCUGCAGGUCAUCAAUGGGCUGGUGACAGCUGUCUGCAGACCCUGCUGCUACAAGCAGGACUACACCCUCAAUGCCUGAACACACACAUAGAUGAGACACACACACAUACACAGGCACAGACAGACACACACACAAACACAAACAGACAAAAUGUGAUUAUACAUACACACGCAUGCAUAUAACAUAAGAUCGAUAUGCAUACACAUGAUAUGAUACAUAAGACACAUGCACACACAUACAAUACACGCCAGGAGUGUGUACAAUGCCAUCUGGGGAACAUUGCUUUCCAAACACCCAUUAUAAUCUCCAGUAAACAUUCUAAGAUGUACUCCUGGGGGCACAUCUCAAUAGUGAAAAGUGACUUCCUCUCCUCGUAUCCUUCAGUCCCUGGGCCAGUUUCUAAUCAGAAAGUGUGAUUAACAAGUGAACGCUGCCUCAUCCCUGUAUGAGGGAGAGAUACCUGUCUGAAUGUUCAGUUUAUUUAUAGUAUUCAUUUCAAAGCACUGUAUUAGAAACACACUGAAUGAAUGUGUGUAUUAUACAGACCGGAACUGCAGUAUUUUUUAUGUUUGAUGUCUUAAGUCUACAUUUUACUGAAGCACAAAAGUAUAUAUUUUUUUGUAUGAGAGUUUUGUCUUUUGUAUUACUGUUUUCAUUUUCAGAAAAUUGUUGUCUCGCAGAUGCUAGAUACUAAGAUGUUAAGGCCAUUUUAUAUAUUUAGUGCAAUAAAUACGUAUUUUCCAUUUUACUUGUUCUGAUUAAUCUUUUUUUUGUAAACUUGCUAAAUUUGCAACGCUGUAUACUUUGAUACUUAUUUGAGUAAAGAUAGACGGGUUGGUUGGUUAGCAACAGAACUGACACAUGCACAACUAUUGGGCAAAACAAACGGGGUUGGCUUAGAUUGUUGAC